AUGCAAGAGUCUGCCCCGUCUACCGGCCUCGCCGACAUGGCCCGGCUGGCUGCUACCUGCCAACGCUUGCGGGACGUCGCCACGCCUCUGCUCUACACUCAAUGCCUCGUUAUGGACGUCGCUGCGAAUACACUUACCUCGCUGGUAUCAGCCCAGAACCACGUUCUGCACGCCGUGAAACAAUACCGCGACCCGUGGCUGAGUCCUGAUCCGACUGGCUACCCCGCGUGCAAUCGCGAAAGUAUCAUUAUGGAGAUGGUCAUAUCAGGCCGCCUCGAUGCCCUUCAACGGCUACUUUCUCACGUACCAUCACUCCUGGAGAAAUUCUUUCUGGGCAUCCGCUUGCUCGUGCCAUGGCGCUGCGUCUCCGGCGAACAUGUCACGACUUCUACCGACGUGGCUGCUCCCGCUUUCGCGACACCAUUACAUGCUGCCGCCCUUGCCGGCCAGGAUCAUAUCAUCCAGUGGAUUCUGGAGCGCUGCCCGACACUCCCCGUCGAUCCCGAGGCCCAGCUACGCUGCAUCUGCCCUUCGUUGCACAAACACGCCGGCGUCGUUGCUGACUCGCCUACCGUCUCCGUAACGCCUCUUCACCUCGCUCUUUCCCACAACCGCAAGUCGACGGUCAAGCUUCUGAUACAAAAGGGCGCCGUCUGGGAUCGCUCGUUCGACUUCUCCGCCGGCGUCACCGGGCUGCACAUCAUGGCCGCCAACGGCAUGGUCGAUUUGUUGAACUGGCUCGCACGCUCGUCAAACACAUGUUCCACCAACAGCGGCCUCCACGAUUGGCCUGACGAGUACGGCCUGUACGCUCUACACUACGCGAGCUUCGCCCUGAUGCCGGACAUGGUUACGGACGGUGGAUCUUCGGUUUCCGAUGCCGACCGAGGCGAGGGGGACGUCAUGGCCCUUUUCGACAGACAAAAGGAAGCGACGCGUCUCGUAGCCAGCCUCAUAGGCAUCGGCGCGAUUGUCGACACGCGAAACGAGGAGAAAGCAGCCAAACGACUUCGUCAGGAAAGGAAUCGCCUCGUUGUCGAGAUUCUGGCGGCAGACUUGGGAUGGGCCUACAGGCUGCGUUUUUGGGAGUCCGAACAGGAUCUGCAUUUUCUUCAGCCGGAGCCUGCCGAGUUCGCGGAGAGGGGUGGAAAUAUCUACGUGGCAAAGGCGCUGCAGGCGGCGUCUCGAAGCACGGCCGUUUGA